CCAUCACCAGCUUGUUCCGAUUUAACUUCGUUCAUGCUCGUUCAUGCUCGCUCACUGCUCUGCACGACGAGCAGUCGACGUACUUCAUCGACCAUGCGGGAAAGUUCAACCUCGUAGCUUCCAAAGACGAACAUUCGUUAGCAUCGAGACAUUCACAAAUGGGUUUCUGGAUCUAGCCACCGCUCUACCUCUACCACCGUCCUUCCCUCCGUAUUCUACAACUAUCAUAAUCUGCACGGUCGUUUCGCGUCUCAUCUGGACUGUACCAUUUUCAAUAUGGGCAAAGCAGAGACAGCGACGUGCGGAGGAAGAGGUCAUGCCCAUAAUUAACUCCUUAAAACCUGGUGUAUCAAAACUAGUUCUCACCGAAAUGCAGAAAGCUGGUGUUCGCGGUACGAAGGAACAAAUACAAGCAGCUCAUGGCAAACGCGUCAAGCAACUUUUGACCACACGUCGAAAACAACUUUUUUCGGAGUACCGCUGUAGUCCUGGAUUCACAAUGGCAAUACCUAUAAUCACACAGGUUCCGUUGUUCAUGGGGUUUUCGAUAGUGCUCAAUCGGUUGUCACAAGCACCCACUCCGUUUGACUCCGAGUCGUUCUUGACGCUUUCCACGUUGGCGCACGCAGACCCUACAGCUACUCUGCCAAUUGCACUCGGUCUUGUCACUCUAGCCAAUGUCGAAAGUUCACGCUGGUUUAUGACCGACGCGCAACGCGAGCGUCAGAAAAAAGUUCAGAAGUGGAAAGAAGAUCGCGUCGCUCGAGGGGAGACUGUGAUUGAACCUCAGAAGAUCAUUAAAUCUGCGCUGAGAUUGAUCUCUGUUGGUCGUAUUGUUGUCGCGACCAUGGUGCCAGGGGGCGUCGUUCUUUACUGGGUCACUUCAGCCACUUUUGGGUUGGUGCAGACAUGGAUCAUGGAUUAUUGGGAGCUGCGGAGAAAGCGGAAGCUAGCGCUGGCUCCCACUCUCUCUAAAAAGACACCAGCAGCUAAGCAAUGAUAACGAUGGUUCUCAUUUACUGCCGUGCAUGGAUGUUGUGAGUAGGACUGUUUCAAUCUAUCAUGAUUGGGCGGGAUGACUAUAAACGUGGUUUGAGGGACCACCACGUAACCGCUUCCAAGGAAGCGGUCGGUGGCUCCUAUGAAUGUUUCUUGAUCUAAUAUGACCGCCCUCAAUUCUCUCCUGCAUGCACUCGGGAAGCUGAUGAAAUCUACCUUUGUGCAGACUCGAAGUCAAUUUAAUCUGUACUAUGUAAAUGAUAGAUUCGGGUGGCUCGUGGGUUUCUAACGGCUGCAGUCGAGAAUGCGAGAGUCAUUAUCAUUUUACCUACUUAGAGAAUACCACCAGAAACCAGUACUAGAGUUGUACUAGGGUAUGGAAUAUUGAAUGCUUGUGGAAUACAUGUAAAUAUUGUUG